AGGGAAAAACAGAAGAGAAGUCGUGCAUGUAAAAUCGUAAUAGCAAAAGCGAAAUAGAAUCAAAGCCCUUUCCCUAACACUCUCCUCCCUUUUAUUUGUCUCUGUCUCAGCCUCUCUUCUUUACUUUCCUUUCAUCUUCCAAUGCAAGAUGACGAUGAGUUCGGAGAUCUCUACUCCGACGUUCUUCACCCUUUCUCAUCAACUACCACGAUGUCAUCCGCUGCUCCCCAACCUCACCACCCUUUCCCUCCACCCCCCCAUCUCCACCGUCCCAUCGAUCUCAACCGCGGUUCAGCUCCUGCACCAAUGUUUCUCGAUUCUAAACACGAACCUGCGGAUGGCCAAGACGUUAAUUUCGAUAUCGAAGAAGGGGGUAGUAAUGGAAUUGAAGCUGCCCGCUAUGAUGGCCCGAUAUUCCCGGGUUUAACCGAACCGGUUCCUCAUGAAGAGUUCGGAUGGAAUGCUAACGAAAGUGGUAAUGGAAUUCAAGGCGGUGAAGCGGAAGCCGAUGAAGGCGAUGGCUGUGAUAGUGACAGUGAAGAUGAUCUACAGAUAGUGUUGAACGACAACCACCACGGCUUGAUGGAUAUGGAAAGAGGAGGAAUGAUUGGCGAAGAUGACGAUGACGACGAAGACGAGGACCCACUUGUGAUAGUGGCUGACGCAGAUGCAAACCAAGGGACGGAGGAGCAUGAAUGGGGUGAAGAAGGAUGCCAGGCGGCGGAUGGGGAGAAGAAAGAAGGGGGAGAAGCAACGAAGGUUAGCUCCGCCGGCGGUGGAGGAGGAAGCGUGGUUGCGCCGAAAAUUGGUUACAGCAAUUAUGGGUACCAUCCGUUCCAUUCUCAGUUUAAGUAUGUAAGACCUGGUGCAGCACCAAUGCCUGGAACCAUUGCUAGUGGUCCUGGAUCAGCCCCAGCUCAGGUUCGUCCAAUCAUGAGUGGUACGGCUGGUCGUGGUAGAGGUGAUUGGAGACCACAUGGAAUGAAAACUGGUACUCCUACGCAAAAAGGUUUCCAUCCUAGUUUUGGAAUGCCUGGAGGGAUUAACAAUAUGGCAGGGCGUGGAGGGCUGGAAUUUACACUUCCUUCUCACAAAACCAUAUUCAAUGUUGACAUUGAUAGUUUUGAGGACAAGCCAUGGAAGCAUCCUGGUGUUGAUCUCUCUGACUUCUUCAACUUUGGUCUAAAUGAGGAGGGCUGGAAAGAUUAUUACAAACAACUGGAACAACACCGCUUGGAGACGACCAUGCAAAGCAAAAUUCGCGUUUAUGAAAGUGGGCGAACAGAGCAGGGUUAUGAUCCAGAUUUGCCUCCAGAAUUGGCAGCAGCAACUGGGCAAGAGGUUCGAGCUGGUGCUGCUAAUCUUGGAAAGUUGGAUGGAGGACAAAAUGACGUUACCAAAGGAACUGCUCGAAUUCGACAACCACUUCCAACUGGGAGAGCAAUACAAGUGGAGGGAGGUUGCGGGGAACGCCUUCCCUCCAUUGAUACACGGCCACCUCGUCUCCGUGAUUCAGAUGCAAUUAUUGAGAUUGUCUGUCAGGAUACUCUAGACAAUGAUUCCUCCACACAGAAUGGUGUUGAAGACCAAACAGAAAAUGAACUGUCAAGGGAGUAUCUUAUAGGAGAUCUUGCAUCUGAAGCUGAAGUUGCACAUGAAGAUAAUGAAUGUUUUGAUGGUUUUCCAGAUUCUUAUAAUAGUCGAAAGAGAAAAUUAAUUGGAAAGAGGGCUAUUAAUUCUGCCCAGAGUAAUGUGCCUGAAGAUCAUAAGAUUUUGCCCUUCCCUGCAGAAGCAUUGCAUCCAGAUGGUCCUGGAUCUAGGGGUCAGAGUCCUAUGCAUCCUAGUGGAAACUUUGAGGUUCCUCCCGAAGAGAGGCAACGACGGGGAAGAGUGGGCGAAAUAUCCCCUCAUGAGACACUUAUUCAAGGUAAACAGGAUAAGUUCAGUGUUGGACAUGAGGAAGAAUCUGUCAAAAGCAUGGAUGGUAAAUCUCCUUUCUUAGUUAGAGAUGCCAGGGAGAUAAGUGUGGAGCAUAUGGAUGGUGUUGAUGAUGAGCUUGAGCCAACUGAUGGAAGCCCUGUUGAAAAGGAGCUGUUAAAUGGCACCUAUAAAGAUGGGAGUUCACUCAAUCCCUUGAACAAUGGAAAAAAUCGUUUUCAAGUGGAGCAAAGGAAGCUUCACAAUGCUGAUGAUGGUGAGGAUACUAGGGCUGCAAGAAGUAGUGAACACAGCAAAACAAGAUCUGGCAGCAGCAGGGAUUAUCAGAAACGACAAGAGAGUGCUGAGGAGGAGGUCGUUCAGGGUGGACAUUCAUCUCGUGUUGGGAAUGUCAGGAAGAAUCUUGAUGAACAUGAUCAUAGUUCCCAGAGAAAAUAUUGUGAUGUGAGACGUGAGAUCGAGAGAAAUCGCAUGACAGGUAAACCAGGAGAGGAUUCUUAUCCUCUUAGAGACUUUGAUGCUAGCUUGUCACAUGAUUUUCCCAUUAAAACAGAGGGUUUUGAUAGGCGAAGGGAGUGUGACAACACUGAUGGUACUUGCCAAUGGGGAGAAGAUGAUCUUUACAGCAGAAAAAAUAGAUCUGAGGACUUUAAGAGACAUGAUGAUGAAAUGGGUUCUAGGAACAGGACUAAGGUUCGAGGAAAUGAGAGGACUGAAAGAGAUGGUUAUCCACCUUCUAGAAAACAGUUUGUUAAAGGCAGUUAUAAAGUUCAUCGUGAUAAGGAUGUUAGUACGAGACUUAGGGAAAGAGAUGAUAAUUUGAAGAGUAGGUAUGAUGCAGCCGAUGAUUACCACAACAAAAGAAGGAAAGAUGAGGAUUAUCUGAGGAGGGUCAAUGCUGACAAAGAGGAGAUCUUGCAGGGACAGAGAGAAUCUAGCAGCAGGUGCAAAAAGCAAGAAAGGGAUGAAAUUUUAGACCAGCGUAAGAGAGAUGAGCAACAAAGAAUUAGAGACAAUUUUGACGAACACCAUUCAAUUAGGCAGAAAGGUGACGUCUGGUUGAACAGAGAGAGAGUUGAGAAGCGGAUGGAGAGGGAAGAAUGGCACAGGCUAAAGCAAUCACAUGACAAAAGUUUAUCAAAACGGGAGAAAGAAGUACGGGGUACUGUGAGGAGUGGCCGUGGUUUGGAAGACAAAGCAUGGGUUGGCCAUACUAGGGAAAAGGAUGAACAUAGAGUUUCUGAAAAAGAAUACCAACUUAAAGAGGCAGUACGCAACAGUGAACAGGUAAAAAGAAGGGAUCGGAAUGAUGAUGAAGGUUACUCGCACCACAGAGGGCGCGAAGAUUCAUAUUCACAGGGACAUCAAUUCAGUAAUGAUGAGAGAAAGUCCAGGCAGGAAAGGUCAAGCACUCGAAGUGACCAUGCUGUCAAUGGUUCUGAUAGCCAAAGGGGGCAUGAGAAGAAACGUAAAGAAAACAUUAGGAAGAAUAGAGAAUCUGAAGGUGGAGGUCCAAUCACUUUGGGUUCUGCCAAGAGAAGUAAUGAAGAUUUAAGUGGUCUGAACAAUGAAACGGUAUGUUUCAUAGACUCAAGGACAUAAUAUUUCUUUAGCAAUAAGGAGAAAAAUAUGCAGCAAAUUUCUGGAAAUGAGCCUAUACAUGUGCAUGCUUAUAUAAAGAUAAAUCGUCUACUGAAAGUUGAUGCAGUUUCUUCAAAAACAGAGAUCCUGGUUUCAAUUACUCCAUCCUUGAUACUUGUGCUGAGGAUUUAACAAGUAGCAUUAGUCUCACUAUGAGACCAAUCUUAUCGUCCUCGUCAUUAGCUCUACUGUCUUUUCAAUUUUUUCACAAUGCUGCAAGAAGAACACACCAUGCCAUCCCUGUUUCCAUGGUCAUUCAAUCAGUUUGGGCAACAGUUUCAGCUAGCAAUAUUUUUAAUUUACUGUAGACCUGGUUGUCAUCAUCUCUGUUAUUUUUUAGGCUUGCAAAGUGAAUUCUGUUGUUCUCCUGUUUCGGAAGGGGGAGGGGGAAGACCUUUCAACUUUUCAUUUUUUUGAAUCUUCCAAAUCAGGGGGAUUUGGUGGGGAAGGAUUCCUUAGAAGUUCUUUUUUUAGCUCUAUUGAAAAAUUACUCUCUUUUUGGCAUUCCAUUUUAAUGUGUAAAAGUUGUACUUUUGAAAGAAAAUAAUAAGUUAUAUUGACGGUAAGCUGGAUUUCAGAUUA